AUGUCUCUCCCGCUUCCUCCAGCUCCGGGACGCUCAUCCAGUACACCCCCGACUCCGCCACUAGCCCCACCACGGAGCACCCGUCUCCCCACCCCUCCUCCCAGAAGGGCAAGGAGGAAGGCGAGGGUGUGGUGAAGAAGGCCAAGAGCCGCACAGCCUUCUCCCAGGAGCAGCUGCAAAUCCUGCACCAGCGCUUCCAGAGCCAGAAGUACCUCAGCCCCCAGCAGAUCCGGGAGCUGGCUGCUGCCCUGGGGCUCACCUACAAGCAGGUGAAAACAUGGUUUCAGAACCAACGGAUGAAAUUUAAACGUUGCCAGAAGGAGAGUCAGUGGGUGGAAAAAGGGGUGUAUCUACCACAGCAGGGCUUUCCUCAGGCUGCAUACCUGGACCUCCCCCCCGGGUUCCCCCAGGGCCUCCCCGCGGGUGCCAGCAGGAGCCUGCAGGCCGUCACCAGCGUGCACCAGGCCUACGGCAGCGCCCAGGCGUACGGGGGCGGGCAGAGCCUCUACUCCUUCGUGGCUGUGGAGGACGAGGGGCUCUUCGGACAAGGAGGGACGAGCUGCAGCACCCAGCAGACCGUGGGUUUGUUAAGCCAGCAGAUGAACUUCUACCACAGCUACCCUGCUGACGUGGAGUACGGCAGCCUGGAGCCAGAGGACGCCUAUGGCCUGCAGAGCAGCUCUGACAGCGGCACGCCCUUCUCCAGCUCUCCUGUGCACCACCAGUACCAGGCCCCUUGGCAUGCCCUGGGGACCCAGAGUGGUUAUGAGUCUUACGUCUAA